GAAUGCCCGGGCCCGCCCGCAGGCCGCGUUCCGCGCCUGCGCCUGCGCCCGCUCUGGCCUGGGUCCCGGAGAGAGAGCCGCCUGGCGGGCUUGGCUGGGGGAAGGCAGCCGUGGCCUGGGCCUCGGGUGAGGAGGGCACUGUAACCGGUGGGAAGGCUGCGUUUUCACGAAGGACUCGGGUGAAGCUGCAGAGCUGCCUUUCAGCCCUGACUCCUUGGCUUCCUGGGUCGGAGGAGAUCUUGUAAUGGAGUGGUUCUUCGUCUCACACUAACAAGAUGCCUGAUUUCCUCAGGAUCGAGGGAUUAAAGAAUGUCACGGGUUCCAUUGGGGAAAGUCCUCCUGAGGAAUGUCAUCCGGCAUACAGAUGCUCACAAUAAGAUUCAGGAGGAAUCUGACAUGUGGAAAAUUAGAGAACUAGAAAAGCAAAUGGAGGAUGCUUACCAGGGGACAAGAAGGAACACGGUACCCAGCAGCUCAAGUCGGAUGAGAAGUGAUGGUUUUGAUGAAGAAAGUCAGAGAGACUACUGGAGGCCAAAGAAUGAAAUUUCUGGGGCCCUAGAUGAUGAUUUUCUUAAGGCUAAAUCCUGGAACAAGAAGUUAUAUGAUUAUGAAUCCAACAUGCCAGACAGAUGGGGUCAUAGUGGUUAUAAAGAGUUGUAUCCUGAAGAGUUUGAAACAGACAGUAGUGACCAGCAAGACAUUACUAAUGGGGAAAAGCCAUCUUCCCAGCUGAAAGCAUCUGCCCAGGAACCCCGAAAACACAAGAAGUCAAAGAAAUCCCAUAAAAAGAAGCAGAAAAAACGGUCCCACAAAAAACAGAAGAAAAACAAAAAGGAAACUAUGGACAUAACAGCAGAUUCCUCAAGUGAAUUCUCAGAAGAAACUGGAGCUUCUAGUACCAGGAAAAGGAAGCAACCACACAAGAGCAAGAAAAAAUCCAGGAAAAAGUCUAAAAAAUCUGUAUCUUGUGGAGGAGAAAGGGCUACUUCCCAGUCAGAUGAUUCAGCAGCUAGCAGUUCUGAAGAAAUCGAGGAAAGAGACCCUAAGAAAACCAAACGGAAAAAGAAAGAGAAAAGUGUUCAUGUUCCUGUGGCUAGCCCUGAAGUACAGGAGAGGACCAGCAAGCGCAGGAAUUGGAAAGUGGCUACAGAUGCAAGGUCCGCUGAAAGCUCAGAGGAUGACUAAGUGGGAAAGUAGCAGUCUUGCUUCCCACGGACAUUGGUUGUCUGCAGCUCUUAAUAAUGGGGCUUUGCCAGUGACUCCUUCAGCACAGGAGUCUGAGGUUGGAGGUCAGAGUUGUCCUGCCAUAGAUACCUUUUUCUCCUAUUUUGGAUUGUUGAUCUCCAUCCCCUUUUGUUGUUAAUAGGGAAUCUGGUAUUUUGUUAAGAAGGUUUCUUGAAGAGAUUAUUUUUUGCAAUUUAAUCACUUAGGGUAGAAUACCUAUACAACAAAUUAAAGAACCCAGAAAGCUGAAGUCAGUAAUGAUCUGGGUAUACCGAUUGGAAUGUUGGAUUGGGGAGAAUCAAGGGUCUGGGAUGAAGGAGGAUUGAAAUAGUGCUAGAUAGAGUAGUUUGACAAGGAAGCAGUUGCUAUUUAUACAGGAGGUAUCCUGGCUUCAGCUUUGGUGCUUUGAUUCUUCUAUAUUUGGGCCCUACAGGUAUCUCAUUUAUUUAGUGGGGAAAUGGAUGUAAGAACAAACCUUUUCCCUUCAUAGUAAGAUCCACAGAAGACUGCUAAGGAAUGUAGGGUUUUCUGCCUAAUUGCCCUGCUGGUCAGGGUCUGCAACUACAUUUAGUAUAACCCAAACAGUAACUGGAUAGUAAUUGGCUUUCUAGUUCCAUUACUUUAUAUUGCCUAAAAUGGGCUCGUGUUUGAAAUUAUUCAAAUAUUCAGUUGUCCUAUCUAUCAAAUGGAAAGAAUUAGGAAGUAGUCACGUUGCCAAUGAUGCUUUCAAAGAGAUUCAGGGCAACAGCCAUCUAAAUGUCUUUUUUUUUUUUUUCCUUUUUACCAAGUUGGGGAUUGAACCGAAGGCCUUGCAUAUACUAGGCAAGUGCUCUAUCACUGAGCCAUACCCCAGCCCUGUUGUUUUCCUUGUUCAUUUCUAAUUCUAUUAAUGAAUUUUAGAUUUUCCCUGAAACCAGUUGAAUCAAUUCCAAAAUGAACCACACUUCUCAGGGACAUACCCCCUUCUUCCCAGUCUGACUUUGUGUUAUGGUUAUCAAGAACAUAUUUCUCCCUGUUAUACUGUGAUCCUGAUAUUAGAAGAAACCAAAAUACCACUGAAAAGUGGCUGGUAGAACAGUUAGGUGACUUUCCAUUGAGAGGAAGGGUAAAGUGACAUUGUCAGGGUUCUUGUUUUUGAGGUUGUCACUUUAGGUACUGAGUAGAAAGCACAAAAACUCAUACCUAAGACUGUGUGUGGGUCAUGGUUCUGCCACUAAUUGAUUUGAGUUCUAGAGCAGGUUAAGUUAACCUCCCUGGCCUUACUUUUUGCAUGUGUAAUACAAAAAAAAAAAAAAAAGAUACUUCAUGGUUAGCAUGACAGACACCAGCAAUAGAAUACUACUAUGCUGACAUCCCAUGAAGUGGUGUUUUAUAGUUUUAACUAAAUUUGUUAUGGAACAUACUUCUAAUAAAGUGCUUGUUUUUAAAAUACAUAGUUGGCCAGAUGUGCCCUAGCCCUUGAUUAUGAGCAGGUGCUACCUUUUGGGAUAUUGAAACACUAUUAACUUUGGUACUCAAAUGUCAAUGUUCCAUGGUAUACUUUUUCCUUGGAUUUAGUGGAGGUUUAAUGGGAGGAGAGUCUAGUUACUACCUCAUAACCUUCUUGAAGCAAGUGAAAUCUUUGUUGGAAGUAGUUUUGGGCAUGUAUUUAUAAAGCAGACUGAUUUCUAAGCAGACUCAGGAAGAUGGUCCUGCAGAAUAAGGUACUUCCAAGAAGUUGGUUCUGUUUGGGUCUUGACCUUACUUUCCUCCCAUACUAACAGGCUCCCCUCCCCCAUCCCCCAAGGAAUGCACAUUUUGCCUGAUUUUUUUUUUGUUGUUGUUCCCCCCCCCCACCCCACGACCACCUUGUUCAUCUUUUCUUGGACAUAUAAGCAAUAAAAUUGUUUUCUAAACCUUUCUUACCCCAAAUUCCCUUCCAUGCCUUAGGCUAAGGCUUUGAUGGUUCCUCUAAUCCCUGAAAUGACGGCUUAGGGUGGCUUUUCAAACCCUGUGAUCUCCCAUUUUCACUACCAGCCAAGGUUCUGUCAUUCAGCGAUCUUUAUAUUGAUUCCUAAACUAGGACUAAGAAGAAAAAGAAUUGGAGACUUCACAUUUAUUAACCGGUGUAAUACAACCUGGAAUUACUGAAUUCCAAUAAAUAAAAUUUCACUUU